AUGCUAGACGAAUCGAUGAACGAUAACAUGUCUCACGUGACUACCACAUCCGAUCUUAUCGCAUCCGAACGGAUUUUCUCCGAACCGCGAAUGGGCUCUUCGGAUCAGUAUUGCGGGGGUCUUUUGGCAGGGUUGGGCCUGUCAAGCCACUUGCAUUUUUCGCAUGCCUGUACGACUAUAUAGACUUUUGGUCUUCCUGAUCGCGCGGCUUAAUAUUUUGGCUCUUUGGUUUUCUCGGCUUCUUAACGAUCGCCAACUAAAUAUCCCCCUAUAGAACCUUCCUGCAACUCUAUAGAUCGCCAACUGCUCGGCUGCGUCUAGGCGACUCUCCCACUGUGCUAGACAACAUACUCGUAUCAGUCAACGACACACUGGAAAGGCCUUUCAAAGCGCAUACGACAAGAAUAACACUCAAGAUGGCGAGCAACGAUCGCACCAACGGUGUGCCAUAUUCGCCUCUUGUCGAGACUAGCCGAAUCUUCUCCAACCUAUGUGCACAGUCCGAGCGCUUGAACCUACCACCACAGGUGCAGACGAACAAAGACCGGGUUUCUUUCUCUUCAAUCCACAAUGAAAUCUACUUCCCGAUCCCCUUCAAGGAGACCGAGACGUUGGCUGCUUUGAAGGGUAUUGAGGGCUCCGUGGCUGCCGCAGUUGCGGAUCUGCGGUUCGGAGCGCAGCCGCGUGACGUUCGAGUGAGCCUUGAGGGUGCAACGGCAUUCGGAUGCCAGGCAUACAUGGCGAAAAUCGAUGGAUUGUCCAAGUUGGAUCCUAAUGUCAAGUCUAAGUUGAAGGAUACUGAUCUUUUGGCGGCUCAGUCGAACGGCUACCGUCGCAUGUCGGCUAAUCUGUACAAGACCAAGAUUCCCGGUGAAUAUUACCAUAUUCACGGUUCUUUGGAAGCGACAACGACCCUCAACAUGAUUGGUCUCGAGGGUCAUCGUCCAGACUUGACCGAUUAUGAGGAAAUUAUCAAGGUCAUCGAGGAAAAGGUGCAGAAGUAUACCGUUCCCGAGCUGGAGAAAAUGAACAAGGAGAACCGACAGGCCGGUGUUCCGGCACUCAAGUAUGAAGACUUUAUCAAGACUCCCCACGGAAAAUUGAAUGUCCAGGAACCUGCCUGGAAGUUAGACAAGCUUCCAGGCGAUCUUCCUCCAACCCCGUUCCCAUCUAGCCAACCCGGAAGCAAGAGGAUCCUCGAGGGUGUCAAAGUCCUCGAAAUGUGUCGCAUUAUUGCAGGCCCAACGGUGACGCGCAUUCUGGCCGAGUAUGGCGCCGACGUGCUGAAAAUCACCAGCCCCAAUCUGUCCGAUGUGCCGUUCUUCCAAGUGGACGGCAAUAUGGGCAAACAUGCCGCCGACCUUGAUUUGAAGACCGAGGCUGGCCGGCAGGAAUUCGAAAAGCUCGUAGCCGAUGCUGAUGUCAUUGUCGACGGAUACCGACCUGGUGCCCUCGAGAAGCUGGGAUACGGUCCCCAGGCUAUGGCUGCACUAGCUGAGAAGCGCGGAAAGGGUAUCGUCUACGUGAACGAGAACUGCUUCGGUUACGAAGGCGAAUGGGCCGGACGAGCGGGCUGGCAGCAGAUUGCCGACUGUGUCACCGGUGUCGCCUGGGCCCAAGGCCAAUUCAUGGGCCUCGACAACCCCGUUGUCCCUCCCUUCCCCAUCUCUGACUACGGCACGGGCUGUAUGGGCGCCAUCGCCGCUCUCUCUGGUCUCUACCACCGCGCCAAGACCGGCGGUUCCUACCACGGCAAGGCCUCCCUGAUGCACUAUGACCUCCUGCUCUUCGCAGUUGGCCAGUACCCCAGCGAGGUACAGGAGAAGUUGCGCGCUGCUCAGCCAGCCGAUUUCUUCAAGCUACGCCACUGUGACAGUGUAGAUCGCAUCUCGUCUACUGUGCUCAGGGGCAUGCAGACCCGGUUCCCGCACUUGUAUAUACCCUCAGGGACUAGCUCGAAGGAGGGCCAGCCGGCGCUGACUGAGGGCUGGUUCUCCAAGGCAUACAACACGGACAUUGAAGUUGUGCGUCCCGUUGCCGUUGUUGGGGGUGUUGAUAAUCAGUUCGUGAGGGCGAGUCGCCCGAAUGGAUCGGAUCGGGCCAGUUGGGAGGAUUUCAAGCAGGAUGGCGAAGGAGACGUUAAGAAGUGUUGAUCCAUUGGACGUGGAUGAGCUCUUUUCUACUUAUCAGGUUCCGGAAUGUUGGUCUAUUGCAUUGUACAUAAAUGGCAUCCUUGGGGAAAUCCAAGGGAAUGUAUUGCAUCGCUAAAUGAAGCCGUGAUAAAGCAUCG